AUGGCCCCCACAGUCCCAUCGACUCCUUUUGACUUUCCGAGACUGAGAGUCUCAGUUCAUCUCGACGAUGAUACCAGAUAUCUUUCUCAGGAUGACGCUGUUGCAGAGUUCUUCGAUGUCAAAUUCUGCCCGUACCAGCCGCUGAACGCGAAACCCAUCUUCGCGGCGGUGAGCAAAAAGCAUAUCGUUGUCUGCCGCCUCACAGAAACCAUUGAUGACUCACACCCAUGUGAAAUCAUCAGCCUAAUUCGGGAUGACGAUCUCGCCGCAAGGAACUACUAUUGUACCUGGACUCGAGAUGCAGCAACUGGUAAACCACUGCUGUGCUACGGCGGCGAAGAUGCCAAAAUCAAAGUCUACGACAUCAUUGACCAAAAACUCGUGAACUGUCUAGUUGGCCAUGGAGGAGAAAUCUGUGACGUGGUUACGUCGCCCAGAGACCCUCUAAUCAUUGCCUCAUGCUCCGACGAUACGACAGUCCGUAUAUGGAGCUUGGACCCGAAGCACGAGAAGCAGCCUUGCCUAUGUAUUCUCGGUGGUGAGGGGCAUUACUGGAAUCUCCUUACGCUCGCUUGGCAUGAUACUGGCAGGUACAUACUGUCGGCCGGCCACGACCAAAUCAUCAACCUAUGGACAGUGCCGGACCUUCCGACCGAACCGACUGAUCGCCCCGUAGAGGUUCACUACCCUCACUUUUCGACGUCUGAAGUGCACAGCAGUCUUGUGGAUUGUGUUGCCUUCUUCGGUGACUAUAUCCUCUCUCGAGCCUGUCACGAUGAUGUAAUCGUCCUUUGGAAAAUCGAGGGCUUCUCGUCCCAAGACGACCCCCUGCCGCAAUCUAUGGCUCCCACUACCAUCAACCCAGCUAACCUCACCCGUUCCGCCUUCAACCCAGGCGUCUCGGCCGAGUGCCCUGCGCCCUACACCCGUCUGAUGGAGUUUGCCACCCCCGGCUGUGGCCCGCAGUUCUUCAUGCGCUUCAAGUUGCACUUUGUCCCGGAGCAGAACCCAGUUCUCGCUUUCUGCAAUGCCAACGGCAAGAUAUUCUUCUGGGACUUUGAGCAAAUCACGGGCUUCUACGACCACGUGAAGGAAGUGGAGAGGAAAGACCCCAACGCGCCGAUGACGAAACCGGGUUGGCUCAACGCCGUCAAUCACCGAAUCAACAGUGGCACCAAGACAGAGCCGACGGUCAGAGAACGAAAGGCAGCGGGAAAAGCCCAUACAGAACUGGAGCGGAUCCCUGCUUUCGCCAACACAUACAAUAAGGAGACUUUGUCCAAAUGGGGCGAGAUGUAUAGUGUUGGAAACCCCCAGACUCCUCUGAAAGCUCACAAAGUUGAGAUCUCUGGCGCUUCGACAUUUGUUGGUAGACAGGUGGCGUGGAGCCUGGAUGGCAAAUGGUGUGUCGUGGUGGGCAGUUCCAAUUUCGCGCUGGUGAUGCAGAGAUGGCCGCCCAAACGCGAAACAUAA